GCGGAAGGAGCCCCGGCACGGCAAGGCGGCACCGAGCUGAGGGGCACUGGCACCGAGCUGCGGGGCCCAGCGGCGCGGGCAGGGCCGCCCAGGGGGCGGUUUCCCGGGCGGGGCGACACGCAGAGGCUGCUGCCUUUUCCCGGUUCUCCGCCUUCGCCUCGCAGCCGCGGAGCGUGCCAGCCGUGCCUCUCGGCGAGUGCCCGCCGUGCCUCUCGGCGAGUGCCCGCCGUGCCUCUCGACUUCCAUGAUGGAUGAGACCUCCGAUGAGCCUCCCACUUCUGCUGUCUUCUUAGACAACUGCCACUUCUCCCAGGUCAUCUUUAACAAUGUGGAGAAGUUUUAUGUCCCUGGAGGAGAUGUCACCUGUCAUUAUACCCUCACCCAGAACAUCAUUCCUCGUGGGAAGGACUGGGUGGGCAUCUUCCGGGUGGGGUGGAAAACAACUCGGGAAUAUUACACCUUCAUGUGGGCUCCUGUGCCCAGCGACACCCACGGGGACAGCAGUGUGCAGCAACAGAUCCAGUUCAAAGCUUACUACCUACCAAAAGAUGAUGAGUACUACCAGUUCUGCUAUGUGGACCAGGAUGGGGUGGUCAGAGGAGCCAGUGUCCCCUUCCAGUUCAGAGCAGAGACUGAGGAUGAUAUCCUGGUGGUCACCACACAGGGAGAAGUGGAAGAGCUUGAACUACAAAACAAAACUUUGUGUCAAGAAAAUGAAGAGCUGAAAGCAAGUUGUGCAAGGCUCCAGAAACAAAACCUUGGGCUGCAGGAAGAGCUCCAGAAGACACAGGAGCUGCAGAACAGCUUAGAGUCUCUGAGGAGCAAGACAGAGACAUUGGAGCUGGAGCUGAAUUCCCUGAGAAAGGAAAACAAACAUCUAAAGGAGCUGGAUGACUGCAGAGAGGCAGAACUGAGCCAACUCAAAGAGCAAGUUCAGAAUGUGACCUCUGAGAAGGAACACCUGGAAGCCAGAUUGAAGACAACCAUGGAUCAGCUGCAGUCUCUAGUGUUGAAUUAUGAGAAGGAAGUAGAAAAGCUAUCUCAGAUGGUUCAUGACAAGACAGAGCAGCUUGAACGUUUAAAGGAAGAGAAUCAGCAGUUGUGUGUGGCUGGAACUCACCAGCAACAGAACCAGGACUUAAUGCAAGAACUUGAGGAGCAGAAACGUUUGUUUCAGAUUCUGCAGGCCAAAAAGAAUGAGACUGAUGAAGAAAAUCAGAAACUGAAAGAAGAGAAUGAUGAACUCCUGAGGCAUCUCACCCAGGCUGAAGAGGUUUCUUCCUUCCCUGGUGUUUCUCAAGCUCCAAUUCCAGUUCCUGAAGCUGGAGGCCUUCUGUUUGGGAACCCAUAUUGUGCUGCAGGAGCAAACCUGAGGGCAGGAGCUGGAGACGAGGCUUCCCUAAGGAAAUGCCCCAUCUGCAAUGAUGUAUUUCCUGAAGAGAUUGAAACCACUCAGUACGAGGCUCAUGUGCAGAACCAUCUCCUGGAGUGCCCCCUCUGCCAAGAGAGCUUUGAGAACUCUGACAAGCAGGUUUUUGAUGACCACAUUCUUUGUCAUCGGCUGGAAGAAGCCUGAAUUUGCAUCUGCUCUGUAGAAUAAAGAGCAGAGGCUGCAGUAUAGAAUAGAGCAGAAUCACUCCAUGAGCUUUGUUCAUGCUAACACCACCCAGACAGGACUGUCCAUGCCUCUAGAACUGUAACUCUGAGCUUCUGUUUCAUGCAGCAUUUGACCAACACACAUCAAUCAGGUCAGGCAUCCACAUCUUGAAACUGAAUCACUGUCACUGAACUUAAAUCCUCUGUCUUGGAUCAGGAUAUUUGCUUGUGAAACCAGUCCCAAACCCUGUCAGUAGUGAUGUAGUUGAAGAUGGUAGCAGUUCUUUAGAGCAGGAUUGGCCAUGUCACUGCUGUGUUCUUUCAGGGAGGGAUCCAAGAUGGGCUCAGCAGUUUUCUGAUCUCUAGUUAAUGGGUUUGUUCUUUAAUAUAGCACUGUGAUUGCUAACCAAAGAUUAGAAAGAGCACAGCAGCCCUUGGGAUCACACCUUCAGACCUGCCCUCAGCUUCUGGAAAGCAGCAUUAGUUAUUAGAAAGUUAAAAAGUCUUCAGUAAAAAUCCAUCUCUUCUUUCACAGCCAUGAUAAAGCGAAGAGAAAGAGGCCCACUGAGGCUGGCUUUGCAGAUGGGAAGGUCUCAGGCUUGUCCCUCCAGUGGAGCAGGCAGGAGGGCUCAUUCCAUGCUGAGGCACAUGCCCUGUCUUCUCCAUCCAUCUCAGGAGAAGGAGGAAAAUGGAAAACUUCUGGAAGAGGAAAGGUUGGUGUGGAGCCUGUAGAGAAGCAGGAGCUGAGUGGCCUUGGCACCACGGAGGAGAAAUAACCUCUUGGAGUGUCCUCACUGAAAGGCAACUCUGAUUAUAGCUCUUUGAAGUGUCUAAACCUUGAUGCAGCAAGAGCCUGUUCUCAACCCAGAACACUGUGAUUGAAAACUUAAGUGCCUUGGGCUAUUAGCAAUGCUUUGUCCACUUCACUGUUUUUACUUCUGCUUCAGGGUUUUGAAUUUAUCAACAGCUUUUUUCCCCCUUCAGAUCCCAACUGGGAAAGGUUUC